CUGGAGCCGGCUCCGGAAAGCCUCGAGAAGGGGAGGGCCGAACUCGGCCGGAGCUGAGCAUCGUCCGGGUGGGCUGCGGGGCCGCGGCCUCUCCGCCGGCAGCACCACCUGUCGCCUGGCUAGACGUCGGGUGAGAGAAACGAUGUUGUCCAGGUUUAAAAUAGUUGCCACUCCUUGUACUCUGGCAUGUCGUCAUUUGCACAUAAAAGAGAAAGGCAAGCCACUUAUGUUGAACCCAAGAACAAACAAGGGGAUGGCAUUUACAUUACAGGAACGACAAAUGCUUGGUCUUCAAGGACUUCUACCUCCCAAAAUAGAGACACAAGAUAUUCAAGCCUUACGAUUCCACAGAAAUGUGAAAAAGUUGAAUGGCCCUUUGGAAAAAUACAUCUAUAUAAUGGGAAUACAAGAAAGAAAUGAGAAGUUGUUUUACAGAAUACUGCAAGAUGAUAUUGAAAGUCUAAUGCCAAUUGUAUAUACACCAACAGUUGGUCUUGCCUGCUCCCAGUAUGGACACAUCUUUAGAAGACCUAGGGGAUUAUUUAUUUCAAUCUCAGACAGAGGUCAUGUUAGAUCAAUUGUGGAUAACUGGCCAGAAAAUCAUGUUAAGGCUGUUGUGGUGACUGAUGGAGAGAGAAUUCUGGGUCUUGGAGAUCUGGGUGUCUAUGGAAUGGGAAUCCCAGUAGGAAAACUUUGUUUGUAUACAGCUUGUGCUGGAAUACGGCCUGAUAGAUGCCUGCCUGUGUGUAUUGAUGUAGGAACUGAUAAUCCAGCACUCUUAAAAGAUCCAUUUUACAUGGGUUUAUAUCAGAAAAGAGAUCGAUCACAACGUUAUGAUGAUCUGAUUGAUGAGUUUAUGAAGGCCAUUACUGACAGAUAUGGACAGAACACACUUAUUCAGUUUGAAGACUUUGGAAAUCAUAAUGCAUUCAGGUUCUUGAGAAAAUAUCGAGAAAAAUACUGUACCUUCAAUGAUGAUAUUCAAGGGACGGCUGCAGUUGCUCUAGCCGGUCUGCUUGCAGCCCAAAAAGUCAUCGGUAAACCGAUCUCAGAACACAGAAUCUUAUUUCUUGGAGCAGGAGAGGCUGCUCUUGGAAUUGCAAAUCUUAUAGUUAUGGCUAUGGUGGAAAAUGGCCUCUCAGAAGAAGAGGCACAAAAGAAAAUUUGGAUGGUUGACAAAUUUGGUUUAUUAUUUAAGGGGCGGAAAGCUACAAUAGACAGUCACCAGGAACCAUUUGCUCACUUAGCCCCAGAGAGCGUACCUGAUACUUUUGAAGAUGCAGUAAAUAUACUUAAGCCUUCAGCUAUAAUUGGAGUUGCAGGAGCUGGCCGACUUUUCACUCCUGGUGUAAUCAAAGCCAUGGCUGAUAUCAAUGAAAGGCCUGUAAUAUUUGCAUUAAGUAAUCCUACAGCACAAGCUGAGUGCACAGCUGAAGAAGCAUAUACGCUUACAGAGGGAAGGUGUUUGUUUGCCAGUGGCAGUCCAUUUGAGCCAGUGAAACUCAGUGAUGGGCAAGUCUUUACACCAGGUCAAGGAAACAAUGUAUAUAUUUUUCCAGGUUACAGAAUAUCUAUAUGCUAAUAAAAUGGCUUUCCGAUAUCCGGAACCUGAGGACAAGACCAGAUACAUUCGAGAAAGAAUAUGGCGAAGUGAAUACGACUCCCUGCUGCCGGAUGUGUACGAUUGGCCAGAGCCUGCGUCACGCCCUCCACCAACAACGGAAUAGAAGCACACCACUGAUAAACACUUUCCGUGCUUCAGGGACUCCUUUCUUCAGACAGAAAGAGAGGACAUUCUCAAAUUUAUGGUUUUUUCUGUGUUUUAUUCUCCCCUACCACUUUGCUUAUUUUUUCCCAUGAAUCUCCACUUCUGUCUGUACAGGAUGGACCUGUUGACUACAUUGUUAAUGCCCACCUGCACCCUGAAAUCAGAUGACCAUAAUGCUUUCAUUCUGAUUUGUAGCUCAUACCACAUCAGAGAUAUUAAAAAGGUACUUUGCGAAUGUCUUCACUUGUGCUCCUGUUCACUCCUGCCAAAGUAUUUGCUAUUUAAUAUUAUAGCUAAUCAUCUUCUCUCACCCAGUUCUUUUAGGGCUACUAAAAUUGAAAUUUACUUCUGUGGAUAUGAGUACAGGAUUUUGGGAAGAAGCCAAAUUUAACCAAAUUCUAAGGACAAAUUGUCAGUAUCUAAAAAUGUCCUUUUAUUUCUGCUUCAUUUUACCUUCAUGCUCUGAAAUUCCUUUUCAGUAGAUAGAUCGGGAAAAAUCUACUCUAUUAUGUAUUUUCUGGGACUAAACUGAGGCUCAACUAUAACGUGGGAGAAAUGUGAAUUACUGCCGCCCUUAGACAAAUAAACUAGUCAUUGUUUUCAACAGUGUGUAAAAAUCUCAGUGUAACUUUUUAAAAUAAAUAUCUUAAAUU